GUCGAUGACAGCCUAGGCAUAGCAGACACGAUAACCACGUGACGCGUAAUCAUUUGUCCCCGAUAGAUAAUUUCAUCUCAAACCUCCGGGACCAAGUCAAUGGCUGACAAUGGCUCUACGAGUUCACAAAGGAGCGGGUCGCAACAGGAGGCCGGUCCAUCUGGCGUUCCAAAGGCUAUAGGAAGUCUGGCUAAGAAGCAGUCGGACGUGACUAGACUGGGCACCCAAAAACUCAAAUUCGCCCCAACACUACCAACACGUAGGAAGAAGGGAGAGGUAAAGCCGGAGCCACCAACAGAAAGUGCUCAGCCCGCCCCUGCCAGAGGAGAUGGACGCGGACGCGGGAGAGGGAGAAGUAGAGGCGGAGAAUCGAAAGGAGCAGCUCCGAGACCUUCCCAAGUAGAAAUGACGGCCAGUGGUCCAUUUGCGAUGGGCCCCGCUCUUGCAGGGACUUCGGCUCGCCGUACGGCACCACGUUCAAACUUUACUCCUAUACUGCCGCAAGGCCCAACGGCCUCUCCGUCAUUAGGCGGUAAACUAUCCAAUGUUGGCCCCCCUCAACUUAAGAAAGAUAAGCAACGCGAAAAUGUACUAGAGAACACGGACCAGAAGAAGAUCAAAAGCGAAAGUGACGAAGAGGUCUAUUCGGAACCGGACGAAGGGGUAGUGAUUAUCGAUAUGGAGGAUGUUGGAAGGCUUGAUUGGAUGGCACCCGAGACCUUACGCAAAGAGCGCCGAGACAGACAGAAGAAAAAGUUGGUAAAAGCAGAAAUCGAGGAACCUAUGAUACCAGCAAGUUCUAAAGGGAAAACAUCCGAGAGAGACGUUAUCAAACCUGAGGGCGCAGCUGACCCUUUGGAGCAAAGCGAAAGCGAGGAAGAUGCCGAAAUCGAGGAUCUCAUCGCAGACUUCGCUGUCCAGGCGGACAUCGAACAGGAAGAAGACAUUCGGCAAGAACGCCUUUACCUUUUCCAAUUUCCAGAACCUUUCUUUACGUUCGUCUCGAGCGUCGCGUCCCACUCAACGACACCGAUGGAUGUGGAUACACCAGAUUCAAAAAAUUUGGAGACGAAACAACGCAAGGUAUCGUUUGCGGCUGAUGUAAAGCCACCAGCACCAGUAGCCGCAUCGUCUUCUACGGCAACAGCCGAUGGUGAUCCAUCUGCGCAGAAGGACGCCCCCAAAGUCGAUGGCGUCAUAGGCCAACUCGAGGUCUACAGAUCGGGUGCAGUGAAAAUGCGUCUUGGGAACGAUAUUCUCUUAAACGUUUCCGAAGCCACACGGGCCUUGUUCCUACAGCAAGCAGUUCACUUGGACAUGGAAAAUAAGCGGCUGCACGUCAUCGGGGAAGUCAACAAGCGAUAUGUCGUUUCUCCGGAUCUUGACACCCUUUUGAGUGCCAUGCAGGCGGAGGACAAUGCUAGUGCAAUGGCUCUGGACGAUCCUAAUCUUAUAAAAAUGGGUCCCUGA